AUUAAAAAAAACACUGCUAAUUUGGAGAUAGAGUCCAGAGUCUAUGGAGCAGGAAGGAAGGGUUCAGACUUGCUUGGAAAGCACAUCUUCCCCUACCUUUGACCACGACGCUGGAACUCACACGAGCAGGAAAUCUCUGACAAUGGCAGGUGGGCCCCACCCCGACUCCUUCCUACCCACGGCCGACUCCCCUCCUCGUCACCACGUUGUCCAUUUGAUCCACCAUUUCCCAAAUCCAAAACACCUAUAAAUACCACUCACCCUCCUUGCACUCCAAACAAGUCAAAUCAAACCAACCAUUUCAAACCAAAGCAAAGCAACGAGCUAGCAAGGGCAACAACAACCACCCCUCUCCUCGUCUUCGUAGUUGGUUAUUCCUCUCAGCUACACCAUUUUGUUAACAAUGGCGGCCGCCAAGUCCGUCGAGCGGCUCGGGCAGCGGCGGGUGGUGCCGGCCGAGCCGACGCCGGCCGGUCCCCUCCGUCUGUCGUGGCUCGACCGCUACCCUACCCAGAUGGCGCUGAUCGAGUCGCUCCACGUGUUCAAGCCGGCUCUCGAUAGGGCGAUCGGCGGCGAUGACGUGGCGGUUGGGCCGGCCCGCACGAUCGAGCGGGCCUUGGCGAGGGCCUUGGUGCAUUACUACCCCCUCGCGGGCCGGCUCGCCUUCUCCGACUCCGGCGAGGUGUGCGUGGACUGCGGCGACGCCGGCGUGUGGUUCACGGAGGCGGAGGCGAGCUGCAGCCUCGAGGACGUGGACUACCUCGAGUACCCGAUGAUGGUGCCCAAGGACGAGCUGCUCCCGCCGACGCCGGCGGGGGAGGAGGAGCGCGAGCUCGUGCUGCUCGUCCAGGUCACCGCGUUCGCGUGCGGCGGCUUCGUCGUCGGGUUCCGGUUCAGCCACGCGGUGGCGGACGGCCCCGGCGCAGCGCAGUUCAUGGCCGCCGUCGGCGAGCUCGCCCGCGGCGCGGGCGGCGUGUCCGUCGAUCCCGUGUGGGGCCGCGACGCGAUCCCGGACCCCGCCGCCGCCGUCAUCGGCAGCCUCCCCGACCCCGCCGGCGCCAAGCGCCUCGAGUACCUCGCCGUCGACAUCUCCGCCGACUACAUCAACCACUUCAAGAACCAGUACAACGCGGAGGCGCACGCCGCCGCCGCGGGCGUCGCCAGGUGCUCGGCGUUCGAGGUGCUGAUCGCCAAGGCGUGGCGGAGCCGGACGCGCGCGGCGGGGUUCGAGCCCGACACCACCGUCAACCUCUGCUUCGCCAUGAACGCGCGCCCCCUCCUCCACGCCUCCCUCCCGCGCGGCGGCGCCGGGUUCUACGGCAACUGCUACUACAUCAUGCGCGUCUCCGCCCCCGCCGGGAAGGUGGCGGGCUCGUCGGUGACGGAGGUGGUGAAGAUCAUCAAGGACGGGAAGCGGCGGAUGCCGUCGGAGUUCUCCCGGUGGGCCGCCGGCGACAUGGCCGGCGGCGACCCGUACCAGAUCACCUCCGACUACCGGACGCUGCUGGUGUCGGACUGGACCCGGCUGGGCUUCGCCGAGGUGGACUACGGGUGGGGCCCACCGGCCCACGUCGUGCCACUGACGAACCUGGACUACAUCGCCACGUGCAUCCUCGUCAGGCCCUGGGCCCACAAGCCCGGGGCCCGGCUCAUCACCCAGUGCGUCACCCCCGACCGCGUCGCCGCCUUCCACGAGGGCCUCCUCGACCUGAACUGACGCCGCCGGCGGCGAACCUGGACUCGCCGGAGGCCGGGAGGAUGGGUGGAUUAGCGUCGCGUGAUUAGGUGGGGGUGAUUACUACUGAUGAUUAGAUGGGUGGUCGUUGUGUGAUUAGUGGGGGUUGGUAACUGAAUUGGAUUGGAUUAGUUAUUAAUACGGAAGCUCGUGGGUGGAGCGUGGUGUGGGUGUGGGUGAUGUAAGCCUGAAAAUAAGCAGCUCAACUCCUGAAAAUCGGGGGUGUUUUUGGUUCAUCCAUUCAAUUGAAUUUGGGUUGCAUUUGAUAACAA